CAGCAUGGCCCCGCCCCCACCCUCCCAUUCAACCACUGGAUCUAAUGUAGCCCUAUGUUUACUACAGAAUUAGUGCAUAGCGGACGACAGUCUCCUGAACUGUGAACUCCGAAUCACAAAAGAUAACCUGUUAGUUUUGCAUAAAAGAAGAAAAAUAUCCCAAACUCAACAUGCCCAAGAGAAAGGGAACUGAUGGAGAAGUCAAGGAGGAGCCUCAGAGAAGGUCUGCUAGAUUAUCGGCGAAACCAACACCUCCAAAACCUGAACCCAAACUGAAAAAAACUCCCAAGAAAGAGAAGGAAGUGAAUGAUAAAAAGGAAGAAAAGAAAGCAAAGGCUGAGGAAUCCAAGGAGGAAAACCAAUCAGAAAAUGGGGAGACUAAGACCAAUGAGGUUGAAAAAACUCCAGACGAGGCAGCGGAGCCCGAGAAGGAGGACCCGAAGACAGAGUAGCACCACGCCUGUCCAUCCAUCCAUCUUUUCCCUUUCCCCCCUUUCCUUUCUUUUAUCUUCCUCUCUUUCCCAGUUUUUUCUCCCUUUCCAGCUCUCUCAACAACCUCCUCUCUGCCUAUCACCACAAGAGGAAUAUUUUUAUCAGCAAAUUUGUAAAUACUGGUUCAGGUUUUUAGCACAAAAACAAAGCUGACUAAAACGAGUCUUGUGUUCGGCCGCAGCUGUAUCAGGUGUCUACAACACGACAGGUGUGGAAAAAGGCGGCAUCUUUCUAUAAUUUUUUGAUUUCCUAUUUUUAUUUCUUCUUCUUUUUUUUUUAAGCGGCUGGUCUGUAGCUUGGUUUUUGGAGUGGGAGGUGGGAGGAGGCUGUCAGUCUGUAUGUCCGUUAGUGCUCGUGAUGUUUCUGUAUGGGGUUUGUUUUUAUUUUUAUUUUAAACGUAAUUGAUUGUCUUUAAGAAAGAGGGAUGAGUUAAACAAAUAUAGAAGAAAAGAGAGAAAACAACUAAAGACAAACUGCUUGCAUUCCAGGUUCAGCAUUAGAUGGUGACUCCUGGCUUUUUAAGAAUCAUACCACCUCUGCAAUUUGUUGAAACAGAAAACUGGGCUUUGUUAGGAGGCCAGAAAAACCCUUCUGUUGUUAUAGAGGACUUUUUUGAAAUUACAGGAUUCAAAGAAAAAUAAUUUAAAGCGUUUUUUUUUUUUUUUUUUAACACUGAAAAUGCAUCUGUGAAAAAGUACUUUGUGUCCCCUAUAAUGCUCUCGGUCUCACUCAAUAAAAAUCCAUCAUUGGAGUUUUCCUCAAAA